UUUGCCAAUCUGCGGGUACAAUUGGCCCGUAGUCCGGGUGCUCGUUCCAGUACAUUGUCAUUAAAUACACAAAACUUUAUACCAACCGGUCUGACUUCACCUCUACUACCGCCACAACAGCAGCACCUGCACCAACAGCAACAACAGCAGCAGCAACAACAACUGCCCUAUCGUUGGUAUUCGGGUGCCAGGCGUUCUCGUUCCGCUCAAUAUGAAUAUCAUAUGUAAAUAUAUAUAACUAUAGGUAUGUUAAAAAUAAUUGUCUUUAUAUCCAAAAAAAAAU